AUGGAAUGGACUUUAUCAAAAAAGAUUCAAAAUCAAUCUAUGAAUCCUGAUGAUUGUCAUGGUGGUGAUGAUGGUUCGUCGCGAGAAUCUAUACCAACGUUAGAUGAAUGGAAAGAAUUAUGGAAAUCAUGA